AUGAAGGCCACCACAAUGGCUGUUGCCAGGACCGCUGCCCUUCGAGGCCUUGGACGGACUACCUUCGAGCGGUCAUCUUUCUCUUCGCAAUUCACACAAAAGCAAUUCCCCGUCGUAUCACGGGCAUGUAUGUCCUCCGUCGCAGAAGCCGUGGGCGUGGCACCGGCACCCCCUCCACCGACGCCGGUCAACGAUGCCGAACUGAAGGCCGCGCAGCGCGCCAUCGAAGCCAAGAAAAUCAUGCAAAAGGCGGCCAGCGCAACCACUGUCAGACAUGACUGGACAAGAGAGGAGAUCUCUGCCAUCUACUACCAGCCCCUGAUGGAGCUGACUUUCCAAGCCGGCUCCAUCCACCGCCGCUUCCACAACCCCUCCGAGGUCCAGCUCUGCACGCUCAUGAACAUCAAGACCGGCGGAUGCACCGAAGACUGUUCCUACUGCGCCCAGUCGACCCGAUACCAAGACGGCACCGGCCUCAAGGCCAAAAAGGUCGAGAGCGUCGAGUCCGUCCUCGCGGCGGCGCGCACCGCAAAGGAGAACGGAAGCACGCGCUUCUGCAUGGGCGCCGCGUGGCGCGACAUGCGCGGCCGCAAGAACAGCCUCAAGAACAUCAAGGCCAUGGUCACGGGCGUGCGGGAGAUGGGCAUGGAGGUCUGCGUCACGCUGGGCAUGAUCGACUCGGAGCAGGCCAAGGAGCUCAAGGAGGCGGGGCUGACGGCCUAUAACCACAACGUCGACACCAGCCGCGAGUUCUACCCGUCCGUCAUCUCGACCCGCAGCUACGACGAGCGCCUCAAGACGCUGAGCCACGUCCGCGACGCCGGCAUCAACGUCUGCUCUGGCGGCAUUCUUGGGCUCGGCGAGUCGUCGGACGACCGCGUCGGCCUGCUGCACACCGUCUCCACGCUCCCUUCCCACCCCGAGAGCUUCCCGGUCAACGCGCUGGUGCCGAUCAAGGGCACGCCGCUGGGCGAUCGCACGCCUAUCCAGUUUUCGAGCAUGCUGCGGACCAUCGCGACCGCCCGCCUCCUUAUGCCGGCCACCAUUAUCCGUAUCGCCGCCGGGAGGAAGACCAUGUCGGAGGAAAAGCAGGCCAUGUGCUUCAUGGCUGGGGCCAACGCCAUUUUCACGGGAGAGAAGAUGUUGACGACGGACUGCAACAGCUGGGACGAGGAUAAUGCCAUGUUUGGCCGCUGGGGUUUGCAGCCCAUGAAGAGCUACAACAAGUCGGCGGCUCCCAUGGCGGAGAUUGAGAUCUGA